AUGUAACAUCACUUCCAACCCCUUUUUACAAAUUUUUAGUGAUGAAGUUCUCUGGCUAUGGAAGGAGUAUUACUGAAAUGGACCAACUAUUUGUCAGACUCCUGAGAAGUGGCCUCUGUCUUGCUUACAGUGCCUCAAAGGAUCUGGUACUAUGCGACAUCCUGCACAUCUGCAAAACUAAUAACACCGUAAACACUCAUUCAGGGCAUCCUAACUUCCAUCAAAAACAUGAGUAGGACAUGUUGGCAAGAUAGAUUUAUAUCUCAGAGAAUCCGUAUGCUUUCUUUGUAUAUAAAGAAAAGUGGCUCCCUGUAGCUCUUGAAAGUGUAACCUGGAUGAAUGAAUAGACUAUUGUAAAUACACCCCUGGUCUAUCUCCUCAAGAUCUCAUUGAAAGAAGCUGAAACCAGGUAUAAAUUUGUCAUGUAAAUGGGUACCUGUGCUUUUGGAUAUUGUGGCGAGGCUGCUAAUGGUCCUCUGGAGUGACAACCUAGUAUUGACCUAUGGGCAUAUAAGAAACUUGCAAACAACGAGGGGAAAAAUUUAAUGGAGAACUUGAGACCAUAGUAUAGGAAAAUGGAUUCCAUAGCUCUUGCCUGUGGGGUUGGCAACCUCGCUAUUUUAUCUUGGACGGCAGUGUUCUUUCAUAUUAUGAUUCCCAGGAGGAUGUUGGCAAAGGGAGCAAGGGGAGCUUAAAAAUGGCAGUCUGUGAGAUCAAAGUACACUCUACUGAUACAACCAGGAUUGAUUUGGUGAUUCCUGGCCAACAAUAUUUUUACCUAAAGGCAGUCAAUGCUGCAGAGAGACAGAAAUGGCUGGUAGCACUGGGCACUGCUAAGGCUUGUCUAACCGAUGGCAGGACUAAGAAAGAUAAAGAAUUCACUGAAAGCAAAGACUCCCUUAAAACCAAAAUGUCAGAGCUGCGACUAUACUGCGACCUAUUGAUGCAACAAGUAUUUCAGAUUCAGGAGGCAGUACAGCCCAACAGCACAGAGGCUGCACCCAAUGUGAAGAAAAUAGAUGAAGCCUCCUCGCUGCUGAAAGAAACCUGUAAUCAGUUCAUUGGCACAUUGGAGGACUGCAUGAAAAUUGCCAAUAGCAAGGUCCUGCCUAUGCUCAUGCAGCUGUCACCCCCAGAAUCCCCAGUAUCUGUUGUCAGUCCAGUACCUCAUAAUAUACGCAAGACGAAGCGUUCCAUGAGUCACAGUGGUGUUGUCAGCCCCGAAAGAUUGCCAGUAUUUAACCAACAUGCCUCCCCAGAGAAGCAGGGUCCAACUACUGUGCUGAGAAACAUAGAAGAGAUGGCUGUGUUCCGUGCCAGUCAACAUCGGAAGUGCUCAGAGAAUGAGACCCCAAAGACUAUUCUGAAGGAUACAGCAUGUCGGGAAGCACAACAGGAGUGACCAGCAAAUGAGUGACUACAUGAACAGUCAUCUGUCAGUGAGUAUUUAGCAAGUGGAAUCCAGAGCUGUGCUACAGUCCAGUGUUCUGGUGUCAUAUCACGGUUAUAGAACUCUUGCCAACCCCCUCCUGUGAUCACCAGAUCAACAGUUGAACACAAAGGCCUCUAAAAUAUGAAAGCCUGAAGACAGACAUUGCAUAUCACAAAAGUGUAUAUUUUUCUUGUUGCCAAAAAUCAUCAGACAUCUCUCAAGUGUCAGCAAAACAAAGAAUGGAACCAAAAACCCUCAGGGUGAAAAUGCAAUUCUGAAUUCACUACAUCAACCAGUCAUUGUAUUAGUAUGUCUCUGUAAAGUUCUGAAAAAUGUUUUUAUUAUUAUUAUAUAAUGUGUAAUAAAUGUGGAGGUUAAUCAACAAAUAAUCCACAUAUUUUUCAAACUCUGCCAGUCUUCAUUUUUAAAUUAUGAUUCAGGAAUUACAAGUUUUACACAAGGAAAAGCUGCUUGAUACAUUUUCAUUAUUAUAGUGUUGAGCAAAUUGAAAAGUGACACUAGUGCCUUCUUAGUACGUAAGUAAAUAAUUCUUGUUCCAGUUCAUCCAGCUACAGGGCAUGUAACAGGCAAAGCUGUGCUGGGGAAAAAAGUGGUGCAUUGAACUAGCAUCAGUAAAUAAAGCACUUUAAAAGUGU